UUCACUAUUCUUCAAGUUGUGAAAUUUGCUACAUUAGUCAGUCAAUGACAUGAACAACACAUGGUGAAAGACCCCAUUCUUGACUUUUCCAUAGCACGCGAGUUAUAUGUAAGACGGCUCUAUUAUGGAAGUGACAGAACUUGUAAGGAACAACUUAGAUUGACUAGGCAUUGCUUUACUGUGCUAUGUUUUAAGUUAAAAGAGAUGGGUUUGAAAACCACAAGAAAUAUCACGGUUGAAGAAGUAGUAGCCAUGUUUCUAUAUGUUAUCUCUUUUAAUUUAACAAACCGUAAAGUCGGCUUUGAUUUCAUUAGAUCCGGAGAGACUGUUAGUAGAUACUUCCAUAUAGUAUUAAAUACUAUACUAAAAUUAGGAAGUCAUUAUGUUGUCCAACGAGAAACAGUCAUGGAUGGCUUCGAAGAUGAAAAAUGGGAUUGGUUUGAAAACUGUCUCGGGGCACUUGAUGGAACACACGUUGAAGUAAGUGUUCCAUUGAAUGAUCAAGGAAGAUACAGAAAUAGAAAGGGUAGGAUAACAACCAAUGUUUUGGCUGUGUGUUCUCGUGAUUUGAGCUUUACAUACAUUUUACCUGGAUGGGAAGGAUCUGCAGCAGAUAGCAGAGUAUUACGAGAUGCACUUACUAGAAAUUAUCCAUUCAUAGUACCUAAAGAUAAGUAUUUUCUAGUAGAUGCUGGAUAUACCAAUGGACCUGGCUUUCUAGCUCCUUAUAGAGGUAUUCGAUACCAUCUCAAUGAGUGGUCCACUAGAGGCAACAAUCCACAAAAUCCAAAGGAGUUAUAUAAUCUGAGACAUGCAACUGCUAGGAAUGUGAUAGAAAGAGCUUUUGGGUUAUUCAAAAAGCGAUGGAAAAUUCUUAGAGAAGUAUCUUUUUUUGAUGUCAAAACGCAUGUGAAGAUUAUCAAUGCUUGUGCUAUUCUUCACAAUCUUAUUCGAGUAGAAUCACCUAAUGAUCCAUUGUUAGAGGAAGUGGAUGCUGAGAUUCAAACUAGAGUUACUCAACAAGUUGAUGAUCAUAAUGAGGGGGAAGAGACUCAACCAACUUUGCCGGGUGAUUAUCAUAAUGCGGAAGAGGCUCAACACUCGGAUCGAAUUACAUUGUUCAAGUUACUAGUGAGUGGACUAGAUUUAGGGAUAAUCUAGCCGAAGCUAUGUUUCUUCAUUAUCAAAAUAGGCGUAACUUUUAGUGUCGUGCUUAUGAAACUAAAUAUGUAAUAGAAUUGGUUUUGUGGUACAAUGUUUUGUGGUCCUUAUUAGACUAAAAGUUAUGUUUUGUGGUGCGUAUUAGACUAAAGCUCAACUUGAUAAGUAAGUUGUCUUUCAA